AUGCCUGCUCAAAUGGACGCCCUGGGGGCUUUCACCCACCUUACCGAAAACAUUCCCUCCUGGAUCGAUCGACUUGCAGAAUUAUCUGCCCACACUGCUGCGAAACACGCAGAAUACGCCGAGGCCUACAGAAGGCAUGUUUCGGUGAGACCGCGCCGUCGCAAGAACAGCUCUGUCUGCUCCAUCCGAACCGAGGACCUGCGCUCGUCGGCCCCCGAGACAGAAACUCGCCCUCAAUCUUCCGCAGCGGCAACAAACACCACCGUCACGACGCCUAAUACCUCCCAACACGAAGCGAAUGUGAACCCUCGUAAACGGGGUGCUGAAGAUGCACCCUCCAUGGAAGCCAGGGACAGGGACCUGCUUGUCAGUACGCGCAACAACCUCAUCAUUCAUUAUGACGGCCACACGCAGCACGUUUUGGAGGAAAUGGUGCGCCAUAUCGGAACAGCUCGCAACAACAUUCGCAAAGGCAGAAUGACUCAGCUGCCGUUGCCAGGAUAUCGCAGCAAGAUGCUGGACAGAAGCGCAAGGAUGAAUAGCUUGGCCCCUUCACUUUCCCCCUCCGAGUCCGGCGAAGACGAUGUGUUAUCUAGCAUCCGCAAAGCCCGAACCCGGGGCCCUCCGGUGCCUCGCGCCCCGGAGAUGCCCAGAGAGUCGCCAUUUGAUAUGGCGGAGAAGCAACUGGAACUGGUGCACGGAGUGUGUGAGACGGCUGCAUACCAGUUUCUUCGGUCCGGAGACUGUUCGACGGAGUUGAGCAGCGUAGAAAGCAAAUUCAAGAGCCUUCUAGACCUGGCUACCAAUGAGGUCCGCCGCUUGAAGGCCGAACAGCCCCAGGAACCGACUGUUGAGGAGGACGAGACGGAAGCACCGGCUAUGGAACCCGCGACCACGACCAUUGAGGUUGACAGGCAAUCUUUGUCGAAGAUGGACACCAUUGAGGUGGAUGAUAGUGCGCAGUCAGUGGAAUCAAUCGACUUGACAGCUUUUCGCGCUAAUCGCCUUCGCCGAGGAUGA